UUGACACUAGUCAGGCUUUUGGUGAUAGCGAGGAAGGGUGGCUGGACUGACCGCUCUGUGACAACCUCUUGCUAUUAUCUUGUACUUACAAACCUGACUCAAUUGUUUUUUAAGUAAAUAUAUAUAUGAAGACUUUACAAAUGGCGUCUGCAAGAGUUAGAAUCCCAGAUUUCAAAAGAUUCAAAUUACUUUUCUUCUGGUCUGCAAUAAUACUGGCAUUCGCAGUUUUCUUAGAACAAACCAUCAUGGCUCAGUCAAAUUUAAGAAAUUACCUGCGUUCCCUUCGCUGGACCCCCUUACCAGUGGGUGUAGGUCUAGCUCUCAUAGCCUUCCAACAGUACAGACACACAAGGAAACGUGAGGCAGCUAAAUUAGGGCAGCUGCAGCCAUGUGAUUGCUUAGCAGAAGAGUGGGAAGUGUCAGCAUACAAGCUGUUACCUCUCCGCUCUUUCUCCAGAGCAUGGGGAUGGGUGAACGGGAUCAAGCUUCCAGAAUGGUCAAGAAAAUCUGUACUUGGAUUCUAUGUUCGAGCAUUUGGAUGCAACAUGGCAGAAGCUGAAGUAGAGGACUUGAAUCAAUAUGCUUGCCUCUCAGACUUAUUUCGGAGGUCGCUCAAAGAAGGGAUUCGUCCAGUUGACCUCUCUGCAGAAGUAGUCAGCCCGGCAGAUGGAACUGUGCUGUCAUUUGGCACUGUAGAUUGUGGAUCCCUUGACCAGAUAAAGGGAGUGACCUACCCAUUAAGGAAGUUUCUUGGACCCAAUUGCUGGACCAAAGGAGGACCAAUGAUAGUUGAUAGUAAAACUGAUGAUGGUUGUUUCCACCGGUCAUGUUUGAAUGACAACAACAACAUGCUUUACCACUGCGUCAUCUAUUUAGCUCCUGGUGAUUAUCAUCGCUUCCACUCCUCAGCAGACUGGCAAGUGCACUUCCGUAGACACUUCCCAGGAGAAUUGCUCAGUGUUAAUCCAUCAAUUGCUGCUUGGGUGAGAGAUCUCUUUAUUUUAAAUGAAAGGGUAGCUUAUGUAGGACGUUGGAAGCAUGGGUUUUUCUCCAUGACAGCUGUUGGUGCCACAAACGUUGGGUCUGUCAAGGUUUAUUUUGAUGAUGAACUAAAAACAAAUCUAAAUAAAUGGCAAAAGGAUAACUUCUUAGAUAAACAUUUCAAAGGAAAGUCAGUAGAAUUAAGUCGAGGGGGUAACUUUGGGGAAUUUAACCUGGGUUCUACUAUUGUUCUUGUUUUUGAAGCCCCUAAAGACACAAAAAUAUGUGUAGAAGCAGGACAGAAGGUAAAAGUAGGGCAAGGUUUGUUUAGAAUAAUUAAUUCAUAUGUAGGGAAAGCUAGUUCUGAAAUAAAUCAUCCAGGACCUCAAAGGUAAAUAUAUUUGUGAUAGCAAAGACAAUGUAUUUAAAUAUUUCUUGUAAAGAAGUUAUCAUAAUAAAAGAUAAUCAAGACAUGUAUAGUUUUCAUACAUUUUGUCAGAUGUGAAAAGGGAAUUCAUUGUAUAACGAAGAUAACUACUUAAAAAUGUAUGGAAAUUGUUUGGUGGAAUGCUGUACUACCCAUUGUAAAUAUCUUAGUUUAUUUAAUCUUCACUCUGAUGGGAAUAUUGGACUAUGAAAUAUUUAGGCGGAUUUGUUCUUCUGUCAAGUUACAGAGAACAAAACGUCUGUCCAGUUGCUUUAUUUUCUAUUGGAUCAUUAACUCCCAUACACUAUAGAGGUGUUAAUGAAAGGAAGCCAUAUCAAUCUGGUCAGUUACAUUACCAAUACAUCAAAGGCAGCAUUAGAUUGAUGACAGUAUUAAGAAAUGAACAGGAUAGUAUUCAGACUGCAGGAUUUAGAAGUGUUGAGAUAAUAAGUGUUUAUGUAUUGUAUAUUUAUAUACUUUUCAAUAAUUUAGUUUGAUAUAGUUCUUAUCUUCCUAGAAAAAAAUAUGCAAUACACAUCUUUUUUAUAUAAUAAUUUUAUAUCACUAUUUUAUUAACAUUAUUUCUAUUAGCAUUUGUAUUAUAUUUGUUAUCACUAUUAGUUAUUAUGUAUUAUAUUUGUUAUCACUAUUAUUGUUAUUAUACUGUCAUCUUUAUUACUGUUACUAGAAGCAUCACAUAAACAUUAUCUUUAGUAUUUUCAGUUUCCACUAAAUAUUAUUUCUUGCAAGUCACAAGGAACAAGAAAAAAGUAUUACAUGAGAUAUAGUUUGUAAUGUUUGUAAUUGACUUUUAGGCUUAACUAAAUUAAAACAUUAUUUGUUUCCUUAUCAAGUAUAUAUUGAAUUUGAAAGCAGAAUAUUGAAAUGAAUAUUUUCAGUGUGCAACAGGAUGUAAACAAUUGCUCACACAGACAUGCAUGUUAAUAUGUCCACAUAGUCAUAUAAAUGCUUAUGCAUCUGGAAACACACACACACUGACAGAAAUGUUGGAAUUGCUUGUAUUAGCUCAGCUCAUGUGUUUGCUCCAAAGCUCGGAAAUUAGAAGGAAAUUUAGUCACAGACUAAUGAAAAUGAUAUGAUCAUUUCAAACAGGG